CAGUUUUGUUUUGCUUUUUCCAAUGUGCGCCUGUAAAAAUUAAAAAUAGCCUUUCGUUUUGUUGUUUGUUUAAUGGAUCCGGCUGUAGUUACGUAUUGAAGCUAAAAAUAAUGUAACCGAUAGUAAAUAGCUAGUUAUAUUUGGCCGGCAGGCUGAUAUGCUUGUUUUAUUGCGGUGCUCACCGGCGCACCAGAAAUACGAUGUUCAUAACAUUCUGCUAUGCAUUUUACUUUCGAUUUUCUUGUUGACAAGAAGCUCGUGAUAGUCACUAAAGUUAAGAUUAGUUUUAAAUAAUAGUGUCCUUAAAACUACCUCAAAUAAAAGCAAUAUUAUGAAGAAUAAGUGCAGAAACACCGACUCUGUCAUUAGGGCAGGGGAGGUACUUUUAACUGAAGAGCCUUUUGUAUUUGUGUUGUCUUCCAAGGAAAAGGGGAAUCGAUGCGAUAACUGCCUUGAAAAGGGCAAAGUGCUGAAGUGCUCGGGAUGCCAGUUCGUGCACUACUGCGGCCGCUCGUGCCAGAAGGAGGCGUGGAAUGUUCACAAGUGGGAGUGCAAUAACCUGAAGCGCAUGUCCCCGAAGGUGAUCCCGGACGCGGCGCGCAUGCUGGCCCGGCUCAUCAACCGGCUGAAUAGAGGGGACGGCGCCUCGCAUAGAGCCUUCUACACGCACAGCGCCUUCCGCACUUGGCGGGAUUUGAUGUCGCACUACCAGGACCUGAAGGCCGACAGCCGGCGCAUGGAGCACUUCACGUCGCUGUGCGCGGUGCUCACGGACUUCCUCAAGGACAUUUCCAUGCCUAAUGCUGUGGAGAUGAUGGGCAUCUACGGACGGAUGGUAAUAAACAGCUUCACGAUCCUGGACGUGGACAUGAACUCAAUAGGGACCGGCAUCUACGUGGGCUGCUCGGUGGUGGACCACAGCUGCGCGCCCAACGCCGUCGCCACGUUCACCGGACGCACCAUCUCUGUGCGCGCCACGCAGGACCUGCCGAGUCUAGACUGGAACCAGAUCCGCAUCUCGUACAUCGACCUGAUGAAGACUCCGUACGAGCGGCAGGCGGAGCUGCUGCAGAACUACUACUUCCUGUGCCAGUGCACCAGGUGCUUGGAUGAAACACAGCUAAAAAUGGUCCACGCGGCCAAAUGCCUCAACGACCAAUGCAACAACCCCGUUCAAAUACCUUGGAAGAAGGACGUCCAACUCGUCAUGAGACCGGACCAAGACGCAGAGAACAAGCAGAAUGUUCCAGAAACCAACGGAUACGGCUAUGUAGAUGAUGUCAUACAUUGUUCCGAAUGCGGCUACAAGUAUACGGAACAGCAUAUCGAGAAGUUCAGAAAGGCCAUGGAGUUUACUGAGGUGCAUAUUCAGGAGAUGAAGAGCGCGUCUGUUGCUUACGUGGACGUGUGCAAGUACUGCCUGUCGCGGCAGGAGGGCGUGCUGCACGCGCUCAACGUGCUGCGCGCGCAGACGCUGGACCACGCACUCGACGCGCUCAUACAGGUGCAGCUGUGGGACCACGCGCUGGAGUAUGCCGAUGCACUUAUACCAUGCUUCAGGUUCUACUAUGGCGACCGACACCCGCUGCUCGGCCUGUUGCACUUGAAGUACGGCAAGAUAUUACUGUACAAAAUGGACCUCCAGAAGGCUAUGGAUCAACUGAAGAAAUCCGAGAAAAUCCUCAAAAUCACGCACGGGGACAAACACCCCCUUUACAGAGAAGAAUUACUGCCAUUAUUAAGACAAGCAAUAGCUGAAGCAAUGUGAAUUUUAGUCAAUUAAUAAGUAAUUAGUUUUUUUAUCACCACAUCGUAUUUAU